UAAUAUUAUUAUUUAUAUUAAUCUCCCACUGCUCCCCCUCCCAAUUCACUCUCCCUACAUUUCUUCCAGUCUUUAUUGCCCCCCCCCCACCACCUCUUCUUUGCAUCGCUUGCCUUGCAAUUCAAUAUCCCAAGCUGGAAGAAAAUCAAAUCUUCAACAGAUCUCUGGAUGAUGCCCCUUGAGAUCUUGCUUUCUGGGUCCCUGAUUUUGCUGGGUCUUCUUAUUUAGAGAACCCGAAAAAGAGAAGGAACCAAUUGCAAUUUGCAAUCUUCUGCCUGUUCUUCCCCUUCUUCAGUUGCUUGCUUUUGGAUCUUGAAUUGGAGCAAUGGGCAUGGCGGCAGAGUCCCAGUUCCAUGUCUUGGCCGUUGAUGAUAGCAUCAUUGACAGGAAGCUCAUCGAGCGAAUCCUCAAGACCUCCUCCUAUCAAGUUACUACAGUGGAUUCUGGUAGCAAGGCUCUGGAAUUCCUGGGUUUGCAAGAAGACAACCAAAGCCACCCACAUCUGCCGUCUGUUUCUCUAAACAGUCAUCGGGAAGUGGAAGUGAAUUUGGUUAUUACGGAUUACUGCAUGCCUGGAAUGACGGGCUAUGAUUUGCUCAAGAAAAUCAAGGAAUCGUCGGCUCUAAGAAACAUACCAGUGGCAAUUAUGUCAUCCGAAAAUGUUCCUUCCAGAAUAAGCAGAUGCUUGGAGGAAGGAGCAGAAGAAUUUUUCCUCAAACCAGUGAGAUUAUCGGACGUGAAAAAGCUCAUACCCCACAUGAUGAAAACGAAAUCCAAGAGUGACCCAAAGCCAGAGACCCAGAAAAUCCGAGAAAAUUCAGAAGUUCCGGAGAUUCAACCAAAGCCCAGCAGCAGGCCCAAUAAUCAGACGAAGCCAGAAGCGCAAGAAAAUCAACAACAACAAAAAGAAGAUCUAGAACAACAACAGCAACAACAAUCUAACAGUAACAAGAGGAAGGCCAUGGACGAAGGGCUUUCUCCGGACAGAACACGACCCAGAUACAGUGGCCUGGCCGUGGUGUGAUCAGAAUCAAAUCGAGUACUUUUUACCACUUUCUUUCUUUUUACGUUUUCUGGUUUUAAUUGAUUAGUUGUAUUGUGGGUCGAUAGAAGAACAGAAGAUGAAGAAUGUAGAGAGAGAGAGGGAGAGAAAGAGAUCCGUCAUUGCGACGAGGGGGGAUUGUACACAGUUGCCGUGGUGGAGGUGGAGGUGGAGGUGGAGGUAUAUUUGAUUCCAAUUUUGUUUUGCUGACUUGAAAAGAAAAUGAAAAAAAGAAAAUGACUUUCUGUAUUGGAAAUGUCAUCAUUA